GGCAGCCAGCUUGAAUGAAGACGGGAAAAACAGAGGAACGCUUUCGGCGGAUAAAGAUUUAAUCUGGUGACUUGAAUUACUUCGAAGAAUCCUAGAAAAUCUAUCUCUUUGUGAUUUACUAUCGAAGAAGAUUUACACCGGGCAAGUGCAAACUGAGAAAUUGGGAAGAUUAGUCGAUCAAUCGACUCCAGCGAGCUUCGAUUCUGUUGUUGGUUUGAGCGCGACGGGAAUCGAAUUCAAUCGAACACUCGUAAGGAAAGAAGAUCGCUUUCUGGCAGAUAACACAGCCACACGAAACAAAUAAACGACAGAAACGACUUUUUGUAAGUAUAAUUUAAUUUACUAACGUAUAAACAGCCAAAAGCGACUUAUUUAUUAGAAUAAAGGUUUAGACAAGCUCGAAUCCGGAAUUAGCAUCCAUUCGUAAUAUUUUAAUCAUUUACUUGCAACGUCGGAUUCAAUGCUGUUUACAUCAUCUGAAUUCGCAAUCGACCGAGAAAGCAUGGAUUCCUUUCGAAGCAGUUACAAAUAUAGCGAUCUAAGAAAUUGAAUAAACUGAAUUCGGAGAUGUUUUUAAUACCAGAAACAGAGGGAAGUCGCUUUCGAAGCGGUAAUUUUGGAUCGAAAGUCUAUAUCUAUUGAUUUACAUAAAAGAAAGCUUUCGCUUUCCUUCAAAGACAAAUCAAGUGACAGUUUUUAAUUUCUUAUGUUUCCGUGAGUUCUUUUUGUUUUGUAGUUUCUGAGUUUUCUUGGCCCUCGUAAUAUAAAGGCGUGCUUUCCUUUACAGCCCUUCAAUGCUUUUUCGAAACCUCCGACUCGUACUAUACUUGACGGUAUAAGUUACACUUAGUUAAUUUUGGCUAAAAUCCACCGUGGCUUAAGGGGCGGACAGUGUCAUAGAGUUUAUUAAAUUUCGUGGUCUAAAAUGUGCCGACUUAUAAUUCAAUCUUUCUCGAACUAGAGUUGCUUCUAGAUUACCAGUAAAAUGAAAUUAGCAGUGUAAGUAAAUUAAAAUUUCUGAAGAGAGAAUUUAGGCGCAAUGGGUCACAGUAGUAUUGGGGUAAGUAUUCAAAAGAGAAAGCUGGUCACUUUCUAUUAAAAGGGGGAUAAUUAAUUUUUGCCGAGAUAAUGUGUGAUAAAGAUCGUAACGGGAGGCAGAGGCUGGAAAGUGGUAAGUUUCAAAUUAUGGCCCGAAAGUGUUCACGUACUUUCAGUGAAGUGUUUGUUGCAAGAAAAGCAAGUUUGACUUUACCGUCCAAACAAUAAUAAUACGGUAUACAAAGUGACUGUAUUGCAUUAAAGUUACAAAUUACUUUUUUAUGUCAAAAAAAUCAACUUGGCAAGACGUCACAUUUGUGAAAUAAAGUUUAACCGGAUUUAAAAUACCUGAAAUAAAAUGGCACCGCCGGACUGUAGACAAAGGUCAAAUCGCGUCGACCAACCUCUCAGUGAACUAAGGAUAUUUGCAGAGGAAGCUUCUGAUAGCCUACUCUGCUACCGCAGGGUGCUGAUAGCGGGGAGGGAAACUCUUAAUGUACUUAGUCGAAUAAGAAACUUAAGCAAAUGUCCAAUCACCCAAAAACAGCACCCUAGUAAUGGAAAACGUGUAGUUCAUUUCCAUAGGUACCACCUAAAAAAUCCAAAAUUUAUGCUUCACCAAUUCUUUUAUGGUCAACAGCCACGAUGGCUAUAAUGGAUGCACAAUAAUCCCAUUUAGGCUGUAAAGCCUGUGGUCCUUUCAGUGCAGCAAGUGGUGUCAGAUCUUCUGGCAUUCUCUUCUCUUGAAAUGCGUUCCAGAAGGAUCAUUCCUAAGUCAAACGCUUUAAACCAGACGCCUUACAUAAGAGGAUUUCGUCUUUUCCAACCGUACGGUCGUCAACAUAUUGCAGGAGUAAAACACCUCUAUAUAGACACCAAAGGGACAGAACCAAGUGUCCGCUUUACGGAGGUGUCCGUAUUAUAGAGGUAGGGAAUGUAUGAUUUUUGGCAUUUCUGGGACCAAACGAACUUUCCGUAAUAGAGAGGUGUCCGUAAGGAGAGGUUAGACUGUAACACGUGCUCAAUUUUUUCUCAACAGCCUAAGGACGGUUGCCAUGGCGACAGCCGAUUCCCACACAAGUACGAUGACCCUAGGGGAGGGGGAGAAGAGUACUGUUGUUCACAUUGAGGUGACCCCCCAACAACAGCAACAGGCAAUGGUCUCAAAACCUUUGGAAGCGGCAAGUAUGGAAGACGCUGGGGGAACAGUGAACUCGUCACGGUGGUCUGAUACAGAAACAAUGACACUGUUGAGUUUAUGGAGGGCAAAUUACCGUUUGAUCAAAGGCAAGAAACGGAACUACCAAGAGUGGAAUAUGAUCGCUAGAGAAUUUAACCGGCGGGUCGCUCAUUGCUCACUAGGUCCCAGAACAGGCAAUCAGUGUAAAGUACGAAUAAAGAAUCUGCUGGCAGAAUACAACAGAACAAAGGACCAACUGCCACAUUCAUUUCCAUAUCACGAUAUCUUAAAGGAAAUUAUUGCCAACAAAGGAGCGCCAUUUAAUCACGAUGAUGUAGUGCGAAUCAACAUUCCAUUGGAAAUGUGUGAUGCCAGUAUGAGUUCAGCAACGGUUGUUACCGCUUCCCCUGCUGCAAGUCUGAUUACACUGCCACCAGAUAACACCACACCCAAAGCCUUGCGCCCCAUCGCACCAGCACCCCCGAUCACGCCCCUGAAUGCCCCCAUAGCCAAUCACGUGGGGCAGGUACAGAUGCAGGUGUACACAGAGGGCACCACACCCACACCGGGGCUCACAGCAUCUCAGAAUGCUCCCAGCGACGAAGAAUCAUCUGAAGAAGACAGCCCCUUGGAAGAGACGCUAGUAUCGGGCGUUAAAAGACCUCACUGGCACAACACACUCAGUGAUUUCUUACCUACCCGGAAAAAGCCCAGGAAGAACCCAAGACCAGUGAAAAUGACUCAAAGUAGGCAAGACGAUCUCAGCAUGAUCGCUAUUUUGCGGGAAUUUUUAGAAGACAGCCGCAAAAGGGAGGAGGAUUUGUUCAAGAGAAUUCUGCAGCAGCAGUUAGAAGCGGAAAGUAGAUACCAACAAUUUACGCUCGAUGUGCUC